AUGAACUUCUUCAAGACCAAACCUCGUACACCGCCUGAUCUCGUCCGCGGUCUCAGAGACACCCUUCCGAGACUUGAGUCGACUGUUCCCGGAAGUGAGCAGCGCAGAAAAGCUAACGAUGAUGUCGCCAAGAGUCUCCAGCAGAUGAAGAGCAUGCUCAACGGCGAUGGCGAACCGACGCCGGAACUUAUUGCGCAGCUCUCCCAGGAAGCAUAUGCAACGGAUCUGCUGCACCACAUACUACUGAACAUCCACCGACUGGACUUUGAGUCGCGGAAAGAUGUUGUCCAGAUCUUCAACAGCCUACUACGAAGACAGAUCGGUUCACGGUUCCCUACAGUCGAAUAUCUCAAUGGAAAACCGGAUAUUCUCUUUGCUGCUUUCAAGGGCUACGAGAACGAGGACAUCGCUCUCAAUACCGGUAUGAUCCUCAAGGAGAUGCUUCGGCAUGAGUCGCUGGCGAAGAUGCUGCUGCACUCGGAACAAUUGUACAUGUUUCCGCAUUACAUCGAAACGACAACAUUCGGCAUUUCGUGCGACGCAUACAACAAUCUCAAAGAGACGCUGACGCGCCACAAGCCGAUGGUCGCGGACUAUCUAGACAAGAACUACGACCGAUUUUUCGCGUCCUACACACAGCUCAUCAUGUCCUCAAACUACGUCACCAAGCGACAAUCGCUAAAGCUGCUCGGCGAGAUCCUGCUCGAUCGGGCUAAUUUCAGCGUUAUGACGCGGUAUAUCGCAAAUGAAGCGAACUUGAAGAUGAUGAUGAACCUCUUGCGGGACAAGAGCAAGAACAUUCAGUUCGAGGCAUUCCACGUCUUCAAGGUGUUCGUGGCGAACCCGAAGAAGCCGCCACAGAUCGAAAGCAUCUUGAGGCGGAACAAGGAAAAGCUACUCAUGUUCCUGAAGAACUUCCACAACGACAAGGAGGACGAGCAAUUCGCGGACGAGAAGCAAUUCCUUAUCGCGCAAAUCCAAAUGCUACAAUGA